GGACUGAGGCGUCUGUAAGUGUGUGAACAUAGAAAAUACCUAGCGAAACGACAGGCAUGAAAGAGAUAUACAUAAUUGUAUAUAGACUCUGAGUCAAGUCUUCGAUGUGUAAAGUCACGCAACGAUUUUUAGACCACGAAAAAAAUCAGACAAAUCAAACAGUCAGCGAACAAAAUUUCCAAUGCAACCUUGAGUGACUAUCCAUGGCUAGAAGUCUCACCUUGAUUUUCAUUCUCAUCACCCUGUUGGACUCCGGCACCUUUAACCUUAUUCAGAGAGUGAAGUCCGAUGAUGAUUCGGCUCCUCCAGGAACAUUUCUGCCAGGCAAGAAGCUAGGUGUGAACCAUAGAACCGGCUACAUCUGGUCACUUUCAUCAUCACCAAGUCCUUUGGGUGCUUUCACACUUUCUUGGGAGCACAAACGACGCCAAUUGCAUAUUAGCCUAGGUGAGGUGGUUUAUUGGAGUAGUGGAGUCUUUAAAGAUGGGAGGUUCGAAUAUAUAUCAUCACCCAGGUACAAUUUCACCAUCGUUUCAAAUAAAAUAGAAGACUCCAUCACCUACAGCACCGUGGAUCAUACUGAUAAAGUGUCAGCAUGGCUGCUGACGGACACGGGGGAUCUGUAUGAUACUUAUACAGGAGAUGACAUUGCGCGAGCAGACUGCGACGGCUAUAGCACCGAGAAAGGGUGCCUUAGAAGACUCCGGCCAAGUAGUUGCAUGGCGACAUUUGGGGUUGAGUUUCAGCUGAGAAAAGUUUACUGUCAUUCAACUAGUGAAAGAACCCCAUAUUAUUUUAGGAAUGUAAGUAAUGGCGCUAGUGAGUGCAAGGCUGCUUGUUGGCAAGAUUGUGAAUGCCGUGGCUUUGACAUUGCGAUUAAUCAAACCGCUGGAUGCCGGUUUUGGAGUGCAGACUGUCAAUUUGAUAAAGUCAGUGGAUUCAGUUCUGGAUCUAUUUUCGGUUCUGGAUCUAGUUUUGUGCUGUCAAGAUUAAUCCCUUUACAACCAUCGUCUCCCAGAAGUAUUAAACAAGAUCCAGCACGUAGGUUGAUCUGGAUUGGCACUGCUGUUGUCUCUGCUCUACUGGUAAUGGUGAGUUUGUUCGCCUGCUAUCUACUAAUAAGAAGAAUAGGAAGGAAAUUAGUACAUUCAGGUAUAUUCUUUAAACAUUAUGCGUGCAGCCUGUUAAUAAAGAUUUCAAUAUUUCAUUUAGUGUCAAAUGUUAAUUAUCUGCACAUAUCUACAUAUACAGGCCGAAAUGGAGCAAAGGUUCAGGAAAUUCUUACCUUGAUGAAACCUAAUAUACCUACUCAUGAAAAUGAUGGAAAGAUAGGAAAUGAUAUAAGCGUUUUUAGCUACACAUCUGUUAUGGCUGCUACACGCAACUUCUCAGACGAAAACAAGCUCGGUGAAGGGGGGUUUGGAUCUGUUUAUCAGGGAAAAUUGGUGACGGGACAAGAAAUAGCCGUAAAGAAGCUUUCCAAAAAUUCAGAGCAAGGCGCUCUAGAGUUUAAGAAUGAAUUGAUACUCGUAUAUGAACUCCAGCAUACUAACCUUGUUCAACUUUUUGGAUUUUGCAUUCGUGGUGAAGAGAGGAUGUUGAUAUAUGAGUACAUGCCAAACAAAAGUCUGGACUACUUUUUGUUUGAUUCAACCAGAGGUGUGCUACUCGAUUGGAAAAGGCGUUUCAACAUAAUUGAAGGAGUCGCUCAAGGAUUGCUUUACUUGCACAAAUACUCCAGAAUGAGAGUGAUUCAUAGAGAUUUGAAGGCCAGUAAUAUUCUACUUGAUGAAAGCAUGAAUCCAAGAAUUUCUGAUUUUGGUAUGGCAAGGACUUUUACACAAAAUGAACUGGAAGCAAAUACUAAGAGGAUUGUCGGGACAUACGGUUACAUGUCACCUGAGUAUGUCUUUGGGGGGAACUUUUCUAUAAAGUCCGAUGUGUACAGUUUUGGAGUCUUAAUGCUUGAAAUCAUCAGUGGUAGGAGAAACAACAGCUUCUACAAUGAUGAUCGUGUGCUCACUUUAGCAGGAUAUACAUGGGAGCUAUGGAAAAAAGAUGCAGCGUUGGAACUAAUGGAUCCAACACUAGCCAAUUCCUGUGAUGAGGAUCAAUUGUUAAGAUGCAUCCAUGUCGGUCUGCUCUGUGUGGAAGAGAAUGCAACCGAUCGGCCGAACAUGUCGGAUCUCAUAUCUAUGUUGACAAAUGAAAGCGUGCCUUUACCUAAACCAACAAAGCCAGCAUUUUGUACAAGGAGAAAUGUGAUCACGUCUGGUAUAGAUAGGAAGGGGCCAGAUCUUGAAUCUAUAAAUGGUCUGUCCAUUUCUGAUUUUGCCGCCCGUUAAAGCUAGUAAUCAACACACAUCCUCUCCUGAUUGUAGUUUUAUGUAAUUGGCAUCUAAUAUGUACUUAGAACAAAGUGGGUCAGCGAUAAUAUGUACAUACAUAUACGUUUUGGGGAUUAUCACGGCAUUCCACUUUGUAAAAUUUUUUCACACUCCACUCUAAGCAAUAAAAAGUGGAGUGUAAGUGAAAACGAAGUGUCAAAAUCACUAUAUUAUGAAUUCCCAAAAAAAAAAAAAUCA